UUACUGUCUUUUGUCUUGUCUUCCAGAAAGAAUGGCUGAAGAAAAGAUAACAAUCUGUGGAGACCAAAGUGAACUGGGAGUUAAGAAAGAGGUGAAGAUAACUCCUUGUGGAGACCAAAGUGAACUAAGAGUUAAGGAAGAGGUGAAAAUAAUUUCAAUUGAGGAGAAAGGAUCUAGAAAAAAGAGGCGGCAAAAUCGCAAGAGAAGAAAGAAGGUAACUGAGGGUGAGGCAGACACUCGUAAAACAGAGGAAGGUAUCACCCCAGAACCUCCUACACUGGCAAGUAAUACACAGAAAUCUGACUCACCCGAAGAAAAUCGAGCUCGUAAGAGAAAGAGAACACGUAGAAAAAAUCGGAACAAGAAAACACAAGAAGUUAUCGAGGGUGAACUGACUGGUGACAAGGAGACAACAUGUUGUCCCUCAUUACAUGCUGAGACACAAAUGAAUUCUGUAAAGAGUGAACUGAAUUCUGAGAAGGAGACAUCACUGUGUCCUUCACUACAUGAUGAGACACAACCGAAUUCUGUAAAGUCUAGCACAACAGCGAGCAGAAAAAGGGCAAACAGACGUAAGAAAAACAAAUGGAAGACUGCUGAAGCAGACCGGGUGGCUCAGCUGCAGAGUUCAGAUUUGAUUAAUGCCGUUGACAUCAAGGUAGAAGUUGCCAAGAGUGGUGAAGGAUGUUUGAAUGUGACCAAUGUGGAGGAGAGGAAGGCACAAGAGAAUGGUGAGGUGCAGAGGAGGAGAAAGAGACCUCGUAAUAGAAGAAAAGCAACUGUCUCUGAGGAUCAUGGCAAGUUCCUUCAACCAUGUGGGACUGUGGCUAAUACUUUACUUACUGGCGAGAAUGGCCAGCCUGCAGUGGUAAGUGGCCAACCUGCAGUGGUAAGUGGCCAACUUGCAGUGGUAAGUGGCCAACCUGCAGUGGUAAGUGGCCAACCUGCAGUGGUAAGUGGCCAACUUGCAGUGGUAAGUGGCCAACCUGCAGUGGUAAGUGGCCAGGCUACAGUGACAAAUAAAAAGAAAAGAAGAAAUCGGAAAAGGAAAAGAAGCCAGAGUGUGCCUGGAGACUCAACCAUGAAUACAAGUCUUACCAAGAAGUUGACUCUGGUAGUGAAAGAAGACAAAGUGAGAGAAGACGGUGAGUCUGUGCCACACCAAAACACAGAGACAGAGAGCUCAACAAACCAGAAGAAGAAGAAGAAAAGGCAAAGGAAUAAAAGGAGAAAACAACAAGAUAAAGAUGAAGACAAAAAUGAAAUAAAAAUUGGUAUUGAUCUGAUUGAUGAUUCACAUGAGAGUGGAGUUGAAAUCAUUAAUGGAACUGAUAACACGAACAACAGGAAAAGAAACUUGGCUGUGGAUGCUGAGAACCUGGACAACAAGAAAAUGAAACUGGGAGACAUUGAAGAAAUGGGAACUAAUUCUGUAGUUUUGUCUUCAGUCCAGCCUCAGCAGCAGGGAAAUAAAGAGCCAGGAAAGAAGAAAAGAAGAAGGAAAAGGAAGAAAAAGCAUAUUGAGAGUGUGGGAGGAAGUUGUCAGGAUUUAUCUAGCAUAAUGGCAGUCACUGAUGAGAACAAAGAUGGUGUAUCAAGUUCUCCAGGUGAUGGUGAAUCUCAGUCAGUUAGCAAACAGUCUAACAGUCCACCUUAUAAGAAAUUGACAAAAGAAAAAACUGUUUUGAAAAGUUGGAGCAGCGAUGUAUCAGUGUGUGUAUGUGCAGAAAUAAACCCCUUAUAUAAUGAGGAGAGCACCAGAGAGAAGAUAAACAAACAUUGGAGUGACGGUGAAGGACAUCUGUGUAAAGGUUCAGGACUGGAGGUUAUACAGGACCCGUUCACUUGCUGUUUUCUUCCAAACUUCUUGAAAGAGGCCGACUUUCUGGAAGGAGUCAGGGACGAGCUGCAGGACAUAGAGCUUGUGAUGAAUAAUAAUGAUUUAUAUAAGUUUCGACAAACCUCCAACCUGAAUGACGUAAACAGCCCACACAUUGCAGCGCUGAGGAACUUUUUAUAUGGUGACUUCCGAAGAUGGUUGGUGGAUGUGACGGGCUUACCUCUCAAUGAUAAUGUCUACAUGACCUCUUCUAGAUAUGAAUAUACAGACGUUCUUCUGUGUCACGAUGAUGAGUUAGAGGGACGUAGGAUUGCCUUCAUACUCUACCUUGUACCACAGUGGCUGGAGGAAGAUGGUGGCUCAUUAGACCUAUUUAGUGUUGAUGGAUUUUUCAGUGCCUGA